AUGUGGUAUGGCGUCUUCCUGUGGGCCCUCGUCUCCUCCCUCGCCUUCCACCUCCCGGCCGCUUUGCUCGCGCUCUUCACGCUCAGGCAUCACAAGUACGGCAGGGGCUUUAUGUCCGUGAGUGUCCUGCUGAUGGGCAUCGUGGGACCCAUCACCGCCGGCACCCUCACAAGUACGGGAUCGGCCUCCGCGGGGCUCGGGGCGUAUCGGGGUGCUGCCAUUGCUGGAGUUUACAGAGCUGCAGGGAAAAAGAUGAUUCCCUUUGAAGCUCUCAUUUUUGGCGUGGGACAGACCUUCUGUGUGGUGGUGGUUUCCUUCCUGCGCAUCCUGGCCACGCUGUAG